AUGCGGAGGUUUGAAAAUGGCACAGGAGGCGGCCUAAGGGUGGCACGGCGUACAAUCCCUCUACUGUCAUUUUAUAUCUCUGAAUUUUUUUUGCUGCAUGCGCAGGUGUUUCAGGCAGAAACAGUAAUAGCAUCGACUAGGAGGAGCAAGACAAGAAGCAACGACAACUACCAUUGCUGGCUAAGCUACCUACUACGAUGCCCGCCUCUCUUUGCAAUGGCCAAAGCACACAACAAUCCACAGUUUGGUGAAUUUUCCCCCCACUUUGGUGACAUGGGACGGAUUGUGGGCAACAGCAUUUUAGAAGAAUCGGUAGUAGAAACGUGA